CGUGGGUUUACUCUCCAACACACACAACCGGUUAAUGUUGUACUAGUAAACUACACUACACUACUAUACACUACACUAUAAACUACUAUAUACUACAAUACACUAUACACUACACUAUACGGGUGGAAUCCGAUGAUCCGCCAAGCGCUUUGUCAAUGGUCCGCCCACUCGUUCCGCUGGCAUCACUAAACAACGUUCACGGAUUGUUCCACAACCCAGGUGCUUUUCUUGCCAGGGGGUGGAGAUAGAGCGAAAUUAAGAGGAAACGACAUCGGGGUUUUCGAGUGAACUGGGGGCGUUGAGUUUAUAAACAGCGGUGGAGCUCAGUGCUGUCACGGUCGUGCACGGAGAAAGCUGCUGCGACUGCUGCAAAUGCCCGCGGAGCAUCUGGGGACCGUCCGACCGCGCCUCCUGCUGCAGCUGCCGCUGCUGCCCAUGAAGACUGCGGCGACUGCAGCAGCAGCAGUAGCGCCACGUGAGUGACGAGGGGGCGACAUGGCGUGGCCGGCCACGCUCGCAGUGACCGUGGUGCUGGUCUCCACCAUCUGGGCCCACGACGCCCACUUCAACGAAUCCGUGACAUUGGGGUCCAACGUGACGCUGCCCUGCUACUUUGAGCCGCGCAAGGCCGCCAACAAUGUGAUCAGUGUGCUGUGGAAGCUGAACGACUGCAUCCCGAUCCUCUUCUGCAAGAACAUUAGCCAAUGCAAAGACAAGCGUGCGACCUGGCGGGGAGAUCUGAGCGUGGGCAACGCCAGCAUCGUAAUCACCCACCUGCGGCCGGAGGACGUUGGCAACUACACCUGCGAAAUCUUCUGCGAUAGUGAAGGCACUAGGAACAAGACCACCGUUCAACUGACCGUGCAACAAGGUUCGCAGACCAUUCCACCAGACGUCUCAGAGUCGUCGUUCGGUCGCAACGUGGUAAUCGGCGUCUGCGUCGCCUCCGUCCUGGCGAUCGUGGCUGCGGGCUUAGCGAUCCGAGCGAAGCGGAGGAGGAAUCUCGCCCGCGCUGGCGGCGGUGACGUCCAUCCCGCCCUGAUGAGCCAGCAUCCCGGUGGCCAGCCCGCUUCGGUGGUGCACAUUCACAUCUUCAGCGGCGAUGGCGGUGUCGGUGGUGAAAAUUAACUUCUUCUUCAGCAUGGGUGGCGUCGUCGGCCGGACAGACGGAGAACUACUCAGUCUGCUUUCAAGGAUGUGGUUAAUGCCGUACUUCAUAUAAUCGAUGUUCUGUUUGAAUCUAUUAGCACCUGUUUUAUUGCCAGAAUGAGUAAACACCUUUUCUAAUUUUUCAUACUUUUAUAGUGGCUAAAAGGUCCCCAUGAUAUAACCCAUAGAAACGUUUAUUAUGGAUAUUGGUUAUGAAAGCACUACUACUACUAAGUGUGUAAACUGGUAAACCCUAUAACUUUGUGUGUUUUUGCUGCAAGGCCCUAAUUGUCCCUCAUACAGCAACAUAAGUGGUGUCAAUAAAUGUCUGCUCAGUCUGAGCCCUAAGA